AUGAGCACUCUGUCGCAUCAAAAAUUGUAUCGCCGCCGAAGAGAUGGAUUAUGUGGCGGCAAGAUGAAACUUAUUUUCCCUUCAGCGACGUCAGCCUUUCGAUGCGACAUUGUGCACACUUUUUUCCCGACAGACUUAUAUUUUAUUUUCCAGAUUCUUCCUCUCCACAUGGUUCCCGAAAGGCCCUGCUGCUCGCUCAUUCGUGCCUUGUCUCGAUGAGCCAAGUUACAAGGCUAUCUGGACGGUCUCAGUAACCCAUCCAUCAGAAUUGGUCGCUCUGUCCAACGGAGCACCCGACUCCACGACCUACCUCGGCAACAACCUUGUGAAGACCACGUUCAAGCCGUCUCCCAAGAUUUCCAGCUAUCUUUUGGGCCUUACCAUCGGGCCAUACGCGUCGAUUCAAAAGACCACCGACGAUGGAGUUGAGGUCAGGGUUUGGGCUGAGGUUGGGCUGGAGAAGUAUGGGUAUGUAGCGCUGAAUGCGACUGUAGGCACCUUGAACUACCUUGGAAAGUAUCUUGGGCUGUCUUACGCCGAGUUACAUGACAAAUUGGAUUUGGUGUUGAACCCGGAAUGGAAUGGAUUUGGCACCGAAAACUUUGGCGUUAUCAUCGGCAACGCGAAUGUGCUGCUCUAUAAAGAAACUGUUCACGAUUUAGCGCACAAAAGGAAUGCGUAUAGGAAAGCGGCUCAUGAGGUGGCUCAUCAGGUCAGGAAUUUAUAAUAGAAGUUUUCUUUAAGACAGUAAAAAACCGAAGGGUCCAAAAAAUCUCUUUUGAAUUUUCAAAGUCAGAGGAGACAUCUUAUACGAUGAAAAAUUUUGGUUCCUUUUAAAAAAACUAAGCCAAAGUCGUAUAAAAUGUCACAUUUCACGUCGAAAAAUUGAUUAAAAGUUUCAUCGUAUAAAAUGUCGGUGUUCAUUUCAAAAAAAAUUAAGCAAAAGUUUUAUCGUAUACAUGUCACCUCUCAUUCUAAAAAUUAAAAAUUUUUUUUCCAUCGUAUAAAAUGUCACCCCCAUGUUAAAAAAUACUAAAAAUUUUACUGUAUAAGAUGUCACCAUUCAUUUUGAAAAUUGGAAAGAAUUUUCCUUUCGUAUAAAAUGUCACCUCACAUGUUAAAAAAAUAAGUCAAAAUUUCUUCGUAUAAGAUGUCACCUUCCAUCCUGAAAUUUCAAAUUGCGGGACUUUCAAAGGUUCGGAAAGCGUGACUUUUCGGCCUGCUCUCCAUUCAAAAUAUGAAAUUUCAUAGUACGGUAAAAUAUAUCUUUCAGUGGUUUGGAAACACCGUCUCCUUCAAGUUCUUCAACUACGGAUUCGUCAGCGAAGGAUUCGCCAGUUUCUUUGAAACCGAAGUUGUAAACAGUGUGUUAGGUUGGGGUGAAGCCGAAACUGUCCACAAUCUGGAAGCUGGACUGCAUCUGGACGAGAAUGCGAAAGAUUUGGACACAGUAAUCACUGCUGAUAAUAAAGUGCAUGAUACAUUUAACUGGACAAAACAACAGAUCUAUACAAAGGCAGGUUUAGGGCGAACAUAUCGUUUUUGACUUGUAAAUUCAGGCUCAAGGCAUUCUACACUCACUGAAGGCAGUGGUUGGCGAAGAUGCCUUCAAAGAGGCGUUGCAAAGGUAUAUCAGGAAGUUCAAGUGGGCGAGUGUGGAUGAUCAAGACCUGUGGAGCGUUUUCCAGGAGGUAAGGAGGUCCUUGAACAUUCCUAUAAACAGCCGGUCCCAGGCCCUUUUUCUCACAUGCCUCUAUUGAGAAAAUGGGCCUUGGCGAAGCCGCUGGCAGCCGGCGAAACAAAGCAUGGCUGCAAACCGGGCCGGGAAAAUUUUGAAAGCCCGGCCCGGUUCGGCAAGGAAAUUUUUUAUACUAGGUUGAAGAGAAAGAAAGUGGGAAAUGAAAAGAAAAUUGUGGCAAAUUUUCGCAAAAGGUCAAGACGAACUUAUUAUAGAAAAAUCUAUGCAUAGUGCAAUUGCCGCGUGAACAUUUAUAUAAAUUACAAAAAUUGAUAAUCGUUAAGUGGGUCACACUUAAGAAUUUUUGAAAAUUUUUUCAAAUUGGCUUAAAAAUUAUUUUUUAUUUGGGCGAGUAGUAAAUGAGGUAACCUUAUGUUGGCUAUCAGCGUUAUGAUUGAAAAAUUCGGGGCUAAGGUAGUACAACCCCCCAGUCCAGUUCAGCCCCCCUUGACCCAGUAUAAACCCCCUCAUCCAACCUGAAGCGCCUACUCGGGAUUGGGUUCUCUCGGCUACGAUCAUCGUUGCCUGAACCACAAGGACUAAUUUGGACGUAACUGGGGGUUCGAGCUAAAACGCCGGGGGUCAUUUUACUCUAAUUUGCAUUUUUUGUAUUAUUCUAAUUUUUUAAUUAUGGGGGUGUGAAAUGGACAAAACAGUGGGGGUUUGAACUACCUUUCGUGGGGGGCUGAACUACCAAAGCCCCAAAUUCUGUCGAAGAAGCUUAUUUUUUCCUUUUUUCCGGGAAAAAUUCUGAUUUCAAUAAAACCGGGCCGGGCCUAAAAAUCGAAGCCCGUGGUCGGGCCCAAAAAUUAGUCGGCCCGGCCCGGGCCGGAAAAUUCUGCAAAGCCCGGCCCGGAGCCAUGCCUAGGCGAAACGGUCAAUGUUUGUGGAAUGUGCCCUCAUGCUAUUAUGUAACUUACAUGGAGUCAUUGAAAAAUAUAAACUUUUCGCCCCUCAAAAAAUCCAUUUAGCUUGCCGAUGCCAACAACAUAAAAGAUUGGAACAACCAGCCUUUGUCCAUCAAAAAGUUUAUGGACUUCUACACCCGUCAAGUCUCCUAUCCCGUUACGGUCCUCCAACUCGACGGAAAUACCGCCACCGUUGUCGAGAACGUCAAUCUGCACAACGAAACCGACCUUCCUCCAUCCGACGUUACCUACACCUGGCAUACGCCUAUUGUUUCGUCCAAGGGGAAGGUGAAUUGGGCUGAAGUCGGCGCGAAAAUUGAGAAUUACGAGCCAGUUGGAUAUCAGAGUUAUACGAGGGUCAUCUACGAGAACGGCGAUGAGGAAAAACUCAACCAUCUUUACAAUAGUGGAAGUGAAAUUCAACGGGCCAAAUUGAUCUCGGAUUAUUUUAAUUUGUUCAAGUAAGGGAAUAACUUCUAUCAUUAGUAAUAUCAGUCUGUCGGGAAAAUAAUGUGGAAUUUUCAAAGUAAAAUUUCAAGCCUUGUCGUUGUGGCGACCAAACUCCCAAUCGCGACUGGUCGUCUCAAAAUAAUGGGCAAUUCCAAAGCGCCAUGAAACCACAUUAUUUUCCCGACAGGCUGAAAUUUUGACCACCAUCUCUUUCUAAUUGAACUUAUAUUAUUCCAUUUUGACACUGCGCCUUUCAGGUCAACCAGGUUCAGCGGACGAGUUGGAUUUGAAAAUCUUUUGAAUCUCCUGAAGAAUCUGGCCAUCGAAGAGUCUCCGAUUGUCUGGUCUUAUGGUGCAGAAGCCCUCACGUACAUAUUGGAGAAAUCGAAGGUCAAUAAAGCCCGGCUUGAGCAGGCAAAGAAAUUCGUCAGCAGUUUAUUCAACGGACGGACUGGUACCGACGAGGCUGGCCAAUGGAGAGAACGGUAGGCUUCAAAGAGAGCGAUACAAGGCUGUCCGAAAAGUCACUGGAGUGAUGUCGGCGACAUGCACUGUGUAUUUCUUCGCAUUACAACGCGUUGUCUUGCUUUAUGCACGCUGCGAAAGGCUUUUUUUGGUGUCGCUGACUUUUCAUGCAUGGUGCAUGCCGCCGAACUCACUCCGAGCUGGCUAUACAUAUACACCGUUACAAAUAUAUGACUACCCCAUGAAAAAGUUGUGGGGUAAGUAUCUAAAGGUUGAGCUGUCAAAAAGAGCUUUCAAAAAACCGCUCUUGCAACUCAAAAGAGCAUGCCAAAAGUUCUAUUAGAAUAUGGAACCACUGGUAAAAAAUUGAUUGGUUUGCCAACUAAACAUUUUUAUGUCUUUGGCGGUUUAAAGGUUCACCAACCACUGACGAUUUGUUGGCCAGUCUAGUUCGGUUUUUAAACUGACCCCAUUUCAUUUCAUCAUAUAGGGUAUACAGUAGCAGAAGGUGUAUUACAUCCAUUUCAAUUGCACAUUAUCCAUGUAGUGGAAAAUUUUUUCAGCCUGCCUCACAUUCUCAACGUUCUCGCCGUCCGCAUCAACGACACUGCCUUCAAUAAAUCGGCCAAGGAAGAGUUCGAAAAGUUUGUGACCAAAUGCCUGCAUAAUGUCGAGAACGCGCUGGAUUGCCGCCAAACCCCUCCCGAACACCGUGUUGCCGUCUUUGCCUCGGCUUUGGGUGCUAUUGAGAACACCAAGGAGUUGCAGAGCCUUCGAGAUUUCGCUGGAGGGCUUAAAAAUCGUGUCUUCGCCAGAAAAAUUAGGCAAUUGCUGGCCGACGCCGUGGCGCACAGCCAUUUGUCGACGAACAAUGUGUUCUUUGUCACGUAAGAGAGGAUUUACGAGGAGUUAGGCUUAAAAUUGAGUGGUAAAAAGAUUUUUUCCAGAACUGCUGAUGUUCUGAUAAAUGAUCCAGAAGAAGAGGUUGCCCGCUUCUUCGAUAUCAAAUCAUCUUUUGAUGAUACCCAAAACGAACUGGCCAAAUGGGUCAUCGAUCACGGUUGGAAAUUUGUGGACACGCCGCACUUCAAGAGCAUCCUGAAGGCAUUAGUCAAGGACUGGGCUUCCAAAGAGAAAUUGGACCAAGUAAGUGGAAGAAAAAGCAUGCACUAGUUGCGCCAUAAAUAAGAAAAAAACGUGCAGGGGAGGACCUGAUCCAGUGGCAAAAAACGUAUCAUUUUGCAUCCAUGAAGUAUCAAAAAUGUGGCAAAAUGCUUCCCUCUCCAAGUGAAAAAAACUCCGAUUUCAACGGAGCGCAAUAGGACCUUUUAUACCAUCAAUGGGGCGAAAGUCUUUAGGAAAGGAGUAUAUUACGGGAACUGGACCCGAGUGAUGCUCAAAUAAAGGGCCGACAAGACGUUUCACUUUAUCUGUCACAAUAGCCAACAAACACACAAAUACGAAGAGGUGAGAACGGCGAGCAGUGGUCGACCGUCCACCUCGGAAACAACCGGACUCUAAUGAAUAUUCAAACAAAGGACUCUAAUGAAUAUUCCAAGUGAGAAGUCCCAAUGACCGGUCGGUGCGGAAUGCCAAUUUGCAGUUGAGUUAUUCGUGGCGGGAUGCAGAUGAAGGUUGGGUGAUCCGGCUCACAGCAUUCCGAGGUUUUUUGCCGCCACCGAUCGGUGCCGAUUUUCGCUCAAAAUGACAACAGGGCUGCGCGCCUCGGCUGAUAACUAGCUAGCCCAAAAAUGAAAAAGAGUAAAAAUUGAUUUCCAGAUAGAGUGAAAAAAGACCUAUCCGAUGAUAUAAAUAGGUCCUAUUGACUUUCUCCCCACAACGAUCUUUUUCGCCUACAAAAUUACAAAUUUUUUUUGUUUAUUCAUGGAUAAAUGCACUUUAUGAGGGCAUAAUUAAAAAAAAAAAAUGGUACCACUCGAUAGCAAAUGGCCUCUUCUAUGACAUAUCCAAAAAUAAGGGAAAUUCUGGCCCUUAGGGCACUACAAAAUCCAAAAAAAUAGCGUAUUUUACGUGUUUUUGCAUAUUUUUCGGGAUUUUUUGCACCGGAUGCACAAAAAUGAAAAAUCGGCUGUUAUAGCGUUGUAGUGCACACUCGACUACAUAUACCUGCCAAAUUUCACGUUUUCAUCUUUACUCCACUUUGUGUUCUGAGCCGGUUUAGGUGUUAAGGCAAAAUCGCUGCAUAGGGCAAUGCCGGAUGCCGAUUUUAAUUUUUUUUUCAUUUUUGAGACAUAUUGCGUUCAUGUCAAUAUUAGAUACUGAUUUUUGCUCCAGAUGACAAAAUGCCCUUUCGUAAAUUGACGUAAUGACACCAACGUGUUUGAGUUCAACAUGACGAAAAUAAGGGAAUUUUUGUUUCAGGACUAGCAUUUAGGUGACAGCAGACCUGCCAGAAUAUGCUCCGACGUUUAUUUGGCUAGAAACAGGUAUGGAAUCCGGAUGCAGCGACGUCCCGUAACACGUUGCACAUAUGCGAUUUUACUUAAAUUUACGUUAUAUACAUGACGUUCAAAGUCAAUACGACUGAAAAGACAGAAAUUAUUUUUAAAAUCGGCAUCCGGCAUUGCCCUAUGCAGCGAUGUUGCCUUAACACCUAAACCGGCUCAGAACACAAAGUGGAGUAAAGAUGAAAAUGUGAAAUUUGGCAGGUAUAUGUAGUCGAGUGUGCACUACAACGCUAUAACAGCCGAUUUUUCAUUUUUGUGCAUCCGGUGCAAAAAAUCCCGAAAAAUAUGCAAAAACACGUAAAAUACGCUAUUUUUUUGGAUUUUGUAGUGCCCUAAGGGCCAGAAUUUCCCUUAUUUUUGGAUAUGUCAUAGAAGAGGCUAUUUGCUAUCGAGUGGUACCAUUUUUUUUUAAAUUAUGCCCUCAUAAAGUGCAUUUAUCCAUGAAUAAACAAAAAAAAUUUGUAAUUUUGUAGGCGAAAAAGAUCGUUGUGGGGAGAAAGUCAAUAGGACCUAUUUAUAUCAUCGGAUAGGUCUUUUUUCACUCUAUCUGGAAAUCAAUUUUUACUCUUUUUCAUUUUUGGGCUAGCUAGUUAUCAGCCGAGGCGCGCAGCCCUGUUGCCAUUUUGAGCGAAAAUCGGCACCGAUCGGUGGCGGCAAAAAACCUCGGAAUGCUGUGCGGCUGAAUUGCGGGAAAUUGCACGGGGAAUUGGUCCUGCUGGGUAUGUAUUUCUACGGCUGUCUGGUCCCACUGCGCCCGGUCUUUUUGUGAGGGAGAUUUUUCACUUGGGGAGGAAUCAUUUUGCCAAUUUUUUGUUUCCCCGAUGCAAAAUGGUACGUUUUUUGCCACCAGAUCAGGUCCGUCACUGUAGUAUGUGGCUAUGGCCCAAGAUACAUGCAAAAGUUAAAAAAAAAUCCGAGCUACUGAUUUCUACAAAAUCCAAUUUUUUAUGAAUCCCUUUUCUGAACGCAACAGGCGACAGGAAAUGUUGAUUUCAUCAUUGAAAGGUCGCCUAUAUUUUAUUUAAUGUUUUCUCGAGAAUUCUAUGAAGGAUUUCGACCUUAUUUUCACGUUCCAGAAGACUUUUAAGUUCCUGAAAAUCUCGACGUUUUUGCCAUUUUCAGUUCGACAACAUCCGCUGGCCCGCAAAAUCCGACCCAAAUCUGCUGCGAACAGCCCGUUCCGCCAUUCUGAAGAACAUCAAAUGGGAAGAGGAUUAUGGCGCCAAGCUGUCGGCGUGGCUCUCCUCUUAUGGCCAUUAA